AUGCUCUCGUCUUUCUUCCUCCUGUCGCUCAAUGCCUUGAUUGGACUUGUCUCUGCCGGUUCCGACUACAGCGAACGGCUCCUCCUUCGGCCCCUGCCGCAGAACACGCUGCUGGCCUCGUUCAACUUCCGCAGCAACGAGAGCGCAGCCGCCUUUGAGGCCCAGAACUUCCGCUACUUCCCGCGCUCCUUUGGCCAGAUUCUGCAGCAUGCGCAUGCAAAGGAACUGCACCUGAGGUUCAGCGUGGGACGAUGGGACGCCGAGAACUGGGGACAGCGGCCGUGGAACGGCGCAAGAGAAGGGGGCACGGGUGUUGAGCUGUGGGCGUGGGUCGAGGCCGACAACGAGGAUGAAGCAUUUGCCCGAUGGCUGAAGCUCACCAAUGCCUUGUCUGGCCUCUUCUGUGCCUCGAUCAAUUUCAUCGACUCCACAAAGACGAUCCGCCCCGUCAUGUCCUUUGACCCAGAAGGCCAACACGGCAAUUCGUCCAACCUCCACCUACUCCACGGCACGCUGCCUCACGAAGUCGUCUGUACCGAGAACCUGACCCCCUUCUUGAAACUGCUACCCUGCAAGGGGAAGGCUGGCGUCUCGAGUCUGCUGGACGGACACAAGCUGUUCGAUGCGGCGUUCCAGACCAUGGCUGUCGAUGUGCGGCCCACAUGCGAGCAAGGCAGCUCCAGUUGCUCCAUAGAAAUGGAACAGAGCGUGGACAUGGUCUUGGACAUUGCGCGGGCAAAGCGCCCAAGAGACAAUCCCAUCCCGCGGCCGCUUCCCAUUGAGCAGAUAGAGUGUGACACAUCCAAGGGCUACAAUGGCGAGGAUACUUGUUACCCCCUGAACAAGGGCACUGAGCUGCCCUGGACACUCGAGGAGGUUUUUGGAAGACCACUCCGGGGAGCAUGCCCGCUGAUAGAUGAGAGCCCCAGCGAGGCCCACAAUCUGUGUAUCAACAUGCCCCCGGAGCGUAUCAUGGAGGUGAAAACAGACGGUCAAUACACCGAGUUCAAGGCGGCAUCCGAUACUCUCCGAUGCUUCAAGCUCCCGACAGGCCAGAACUUUGACCUUGCUCUGCCUGAGCAGAAGAUGAAGACGGGCUUGGUGCGCCCAGAUCCCGUGGUAUUCGCAGCACGAUCCAUCAAUGGCCACGGCCAAGAACGAGGUAGCAUCCAGGCCGUCAUUCGAAAUCCGUCCAAGCAACAAGCAGUCGAGAUUGUUUACCUCGAGUCUCUACCUUGGUUCAUGAAGCCAUACUUGCACACACUGCGCGCUCACGUCGACACGACGGGAGAAACCCCCAUCAAAGAGACAUACUACCGGCCAGCCGUGGACCGCAAGCGGGGCACUCACCUUGAGCUACGCAUGGUGAUUCCACCCGACUCUACGCUCACGCUGACCUACGACUUUGAAAAGGCCAUCCUACGCUACACAGAGUAUCCGCCAGAUGCAAACCGAGGCUUCGACGUUGCCCCUGCUCUCAUCCGCGUCUUGUCUCCAUCGUCGGGCGACAACAAGGGCAUCUACGUCCGCACAACAUCGCUGCUUCUCCCCUUACCAACCCCUGAUUUCAGCAUGCCGUACAACGUCAUCAUUCUCACGAGCACAGUCAUGGCAUUGGGUUUUGGCAACAUUUUCAAUCUGCUCGUAAGGCGCUUUGUUGGCGUUGACGAAGUACCGACCAUUGGGGCCGGUGGCAUCAAGGGCAUCAUUCAAGGCAAAAUGGCCAGGUUAAAGAGUCUGCUCGGCAUGAAAUAACCUAGCGAAAUAUAAACAAAUCCCGCGCUGAAUAUAGAUAUGUAUAUGAUUUCUUUUCCUAAUUCAUAAAAAAUAGAAAACAAGUCGUCUGAUUCUAUGUACAGUGUG